GGGCACCAGCUCAGUUGUUUGCUUGCUGUCGCCAUGAGCACGUCCACGACAACCGCAUUCGGAUUGUUAAUAUUCCUGCCUGUGGUCCUGAUGCAGCAGGACACUCAAACGGCCCACUGGGCGGCGCAAAUCGAACUGGAGCUUCAGCAACAGCCGGACAAGUUGGCCUAUUGCCGGGCCCUCCAGCAGCGGAGCCUGGGGACGGUGCUCCAGAGCACUGGGUGUGCCUCUAUUCUGAACAACCAGCUCGGCGUGACAGGCGAACUACUACUCGAGACCCAACAGCGCUGCUGGUCCGGGUGGGUGCUCUCUGGAAGGCGAUGCCGCAAGAUAGCCUGAAUGCGGGUCUUUAAGGAUAACCGAAUCCUCGAAAGUUCAGGCAAACGAAAAUAAAGAUCACAAUGGCAAAUUGCACCCAGAA